UCCAAAAAGCCACAGCUACCCCCAGUGAGCCCUAACUGUCCCCAUCCCAGGAAAGGCUUUAACUUUCUCUGCAGUUGCAGUUUUGCCCCUGGAAGAAGGAGAGCCAGCCAGGUUCUGCCACAGGUGAGCCGGAGCCUGAGCACAAACCCAAGCAACGUCACCAGGCCAAGUGCUGACUCUUCCCUGGACAUGGACAGGGUCACCAGGCACCUGGUCUUCCAGCUCCCACAGACCUCACACAGGCACGACUACCACGACGCUCAGCAGGGCAGCUCGCUGGCAGAGAAGAGGGCUGACAGUGAUGAGGAUGUGUUUGGCUUGGCUCAACACAGCAGCCAGAGAGUGGAAUAUGGCUAUGGAUGGAGAACGAGGUCGAAGUCACCCUCUUCUUUCCCCAGUGGUGGAAAAGAUAUCUGGACCCCAUCCCCAGACAGAGAGUCCAAGCUGGAGGUGGUGAGGUCAGGAAGUCUGUAUGACCUCAGGGCUUACAAAGGUGAGAGGAAACCCUCGAAGCUGUAUGAUGAGGAUGAGGAGGAACAAUACAGAGUCCCUCCACCACACAUCUCACCAGAGAAAGCCAGGGAGCUGGAGGAUGAGAGAAGGGAGGUCAUCCGGAGCCAGGCGAUGAGGAAGAGCUCCACCAUAGCGGAGCGGUGGAGCUCCAUGGAUGAGCUCAGCUCCAUAAACACCAGCAGAGGCAGCCCGGGAGAGAGCAGAACGAGCAGCUUCUCCACCAGCUUCGCAGUAUCCUUUGACAAACCUUCCUCGGGGGGUGCAGUGACACCAGUUGACCCUGAAAAUAUUGACACGGAGCAGAUCAACUUCUCAGCUGCUCGGCAGCAGUUCCUGAUGCUGGAGAAGACCAACCCGGGCUCUUUUUUCAGCCCAGAACAACAGGUCGUGUCUCCAAAGCCAGAGUCGAUGACAAAAGUCUCUCAGCAAGGGUGGCAUAGUCCUGAGAUGACCACGAAGGCUGUGAGAGGUUACGGUAGUGCCGGUGCAUCCAGCCAGGGCAGGACGGACAAGAGCGUUUACCAGGUUUAUAACGUGUCCUACAAGAUGCCUGUGAAGGAGAUUUAUGCUCACAGAAGGGCAGAUACGGAAAGAUCAUAUCCCACUGGGAAAACGUUCAGCUUGACUAAAGCAUCUUCCAGAGAGGACCUGGACUCUGGCUUGGGUGAGAUGUACAAUGAAGUCAGCGCAGGCUAUGCCAGUGAUGGAAGCACAUCUAACGAGCUCCUCAAUGGCCUCGUGGAGCUGAGGACCAGCAGCAAUGGCCUGGGCAAGGAUACAAAGGUCAGCAAUGAGACUCCCAUCGAGCGGGAGAUCCGCAUGGCGAUGGAGAGGGAGGAGAACCUCUGGAAAGAGAGAGGGAUCCAGCGGCUGACCUCCAGCAGCGAGCUGGUGGAGAUCCAGACCAAGCCUCUGCUCUCCAUGCACACCUCUCCCGGCCCGGGCAGGAAAGGAACGGACAAAGGCCGCGCUUCCCUUUACGUCCAGAGGGAAAUAGAGCAGGAAACCAAGCGCGAGGAAGAUCUGAAGAGGCAAGGGAGGCUGCUGGGGACCUACGACAAGGGGACACAGCAGGAGCUGGACGAGCGCCGGAGGGUGUUUGAGCGGGAGGAGCCUCCCCCCCAGAAAACCCCCCCUGUGAGGAAGGCAGAUGAGCGGAGGAGCUGGGUCCAUGACUUCGUGACGGAGCCCGUGAACCACAGCCCCCACCCCACAGAAGACACCAGGGGUGGGACGACCCUUUCCACCUACACCAGCACCAGCACCUUCCAGCUGCCCACCCCACGCUCCGCCACCAGCAAGAGCCAAGACCAGAGCCGGGUGUCCCAGCGCGUUUCCGUCAGCGCCAGCAAAUGGGGGAGUGAAGAUCCCUGGGGGGGGACGAGGCUUCCCGGCUCCACCCCGAGCCCCGACCACUCGGCUGUCGUGCCCAAAGAGUACUUCUCCUUGCCCUUCUGGAAGCCCAAAGUCUCUUUCGUCGACGAGAUGGGGACGCAGAGCCCUCUGAGGAGGGAGGAUGGCCGGGAGGAGCAGUACAAGCUGAGGACCUGGAAGGCCCAGACGUCGUCGCUGAUCGAGGAGGAGAUCCGGAGCGACCUGCAGAGGGAAGAGGAGCUGCAGGAGCAGAGGCGCCGGCAGCGGCAGCUGAUGGACGGCAGCUCCCUGGUCAGCUCUGAUGGCGUUCCCCAGGAGGGCUCCCGCUCCCGACACAGCUCUGCUUCCUCAGGUGCCAGUGGCAGCUACUCGGUGUCCAGGUCUCCAGAUUCCACUCCUGCCCCUCAGCGGGCAGGGGUCCUGGGGCUGAUGUCGUCCUUCACCCCGCUGCGAGUGGGUGGUCCCUCCCCGGGCAGCACCGAGACCCUCACCCCCAACUCUGCACGUUCCAGUCCCUUCGAGGAGCAGAGGAAGAGGGUGAAGGAGGACGGAAAGUAUGCUGGCAUUGAACCCAUUGACAAGAUCAACACGGAGGUUGUGGAAAGCACCAGAGUGAUUCGCCACAAGAGCACCAUGGCCCAGCGCUGGGAGGCCGGGCAGUACGUCAGGGAUGAGGACUGAGGAGGAUGGGGCCACUGGGCUUGGGGAUGUCCUUGUCCUCUUUGGGACCGACUGACACACGACCCGAGUACCAGGCCAGUUCAGCUCCUGGUACCAGUUACUAGCAGAAUCAGACUCAUAAACUGCAAAUCACACCUGAUUUUAAUGUAAUAGAUGAUCCUUCCCAUGCAGCAGGUGAGCUCAGUCCUUCCCCCUCCCUGCCAGCUGAGGGAAUCCUUUUUUUGUCUUAAGAGUUGGGAAAAAUUUGGAUCACUUUCAAUCACUUCUGUGAGGAGAGAGCUAGAUGAAAUCAUACGGUAAUUUCACUGCUUUCCCAUUGGAAGCUGUGUCUCUGGCUUACAAAAAGCUAUUUUAUUUCUAAGUGGUUUUAGGUUUCUAAGUUCCACAACCUCAGGCACAGCCUGGGAGGGAGCCUGGGCUGGGAUCAGCAUCAGCACCAAGCCAGGAAAUCAACGUUUCUGCUUAACUCCUGUGGCCUGCAGAGAUGCAGCAAUGGGACAUAUAUUAUGUAUAAAUGCUGUUUAUUUUGCUAAUUUAUUAAAGAGUCUUUGCUCUCCCACC